ACACCAAAUACUGUCAAAAAAUUCAGUAGGUUGCGUUGGAUUUCGACUAGUAGACAAAUAAAAUAAUUUAGCGCGUAAUAUUGGUGACAAAAUUUUAUCAACAAUUAACAACAAAUUAUUAAGCAAAAAUGGCUAAAUGUUGUGUAAGAGGAUGUUCAAAUAAACUAGAAGUGGGAAGCAGUAUUCGCAUGUUUCGAUUUCCCGCUCUUCUCGACAAACCCAAAAGUCUAGUGGAACUUUCUCGUCAGCGAAGAAACGCUUGGUUAAAAGCCUUAAACAGAACCAAUUUGCCCGAAGAAGUCUUAAAAUCCAUUGGAAUUUGUUCCGAACACUUUAUAACAGGCUCUCCAGCUAGAUUGAAAGACAACACCGAAGUUGACUGGAUUCCGACAAUAAAAAUGGGCCACCAACAACGCAAUCGUAAUGAAAAAAAGAUCAUAUCGCCAUCUCAAUCAACAACCAAAUUAAAACGCAUAGGUAGCGUUGAAAAACUUAGCGAAUUAGAGAAGCUAAAAAAUGAACUAAAAUGCAAAGAUGAACUUAUCAAAAGCUACAAAGACGAGAGCCUCCAAUUGAAGCACCAACAGAAGAAGAUUGUCAACAACUACGAAGAAAGAUUGAAAGAAAAAGAUGUGAAAAUUAGAAUGAGUAUUCGAGAGCUUAGAAGUAAAGAGAUUAAAGAACCCCAGAGAAGUGAAGACCAUAGAAAGGGAAGAGGAAUUUCUAUGCGCUCCGGGCGUACACUGCAAAAAAAUUCUAAACAUAAACUUAUCAAACCUUGUAUUGUACGUAUACGACGAUUUUUGCAAGUUAAAGAAGAACCUCUCGACGAAGAAUUCACACCACAAAAAACUGCUACCAAAACUAACACAUCCAAGCAAGACAACUCAAGAGAAAGUUCCCUUAGAAGCCGUGCAUCCAAGGAACAAGCUAACAAAGACCAAUCACCUAGGGAUCGAUCAUCGAGAAAUCCAACACCAGUUAGUGCUAAAUCCAAGGCACUUGCUAACGCUAGCAAACGGUUUUCAAAUUCACCCAAACCAAGUCCAAAGUCUGAAGAUCCGCCGAAAAUAAUUUCACCAAAAGUUAUUGCAAAACAGAUAGAAGAAUCGUCUUUGCCAAAGCCAAGUUCGAAAAAAGCCGAAGAACCAAUACCGGCAAAAGCAAGUCAGAAAAAGAUAGAUGAAUCAAUUGCAACAAGCUUGUGCUUAAAGAAAGUCGAAGAGCUUUUAGGUAAGAAACCCAUUCAAAAAAAAGUUGAAGACACUCGUAGUACACCAAAUCCAAGUUCAAGAAAAGUUGAAGUCGCGGCUUCUAACCGUACACCUAAUCCAAAUUCAAAGAAAGUCGAAGAAUUGCGUACGCCAAAGCCAAGUGCUAAAAAAAUUGAAGAACCUGUUUCGGCCAUGGCUUCAACAAGAACGCGUCGUGCCCCAAAACCGAAUCCAAAAUAUGCAAAUGACGACAUCAUCACACCGAAAAUUAUCAAACCAACCAAACGCACAAAAGAAAUAGUCGUUCUUAAUGAAGCUGGUCUGGAUACUGAUUCUGGAGAUGACUUCUUUUAUGGUGGUGCGGACGCUACCACUGAAGAUGAAACAAAUGAUGAUGAUGUAAGUGAAGUCUUUGAGGCUAACGAAAGCUCAGAUUUUUCAGACGGAGAUUUUCUACUAAAACGAAAACGGAUUACAAGAGCAGUUCCAUUUCCUACUAGAAGUAACACUCCUUUGGUUAAGCGAAGUCGUCCGAGUGUUAAAGUAACGCCCGUGCUACCAGUACCAACUCCCACACCUCCGCCAAUAGUUAAACCGGUGGAAUUAAAACGAGUUGUCACCGUAACACCAAAACCGACAGUAGUUCAACCUCAUGUAUUGUCAAAUAGAAAACGAAAGCUUGAAGAAGUUGUUGAAUCAUCUCGAAAAGAACCUCCAGAGUCAAUUAUCGCACGAAAUAAACGACUUAACAUUGCAUUGUACGAUUCAAAUACCGCUAGACCAGCUUCUCCUAUUCGGAGCAGUGCGCCAAUCAAGCAAACUGUUGCUGUGGCACAAACAAAACAACAACCCGCUCAAGCUACAAGUAUAUUACCUCCAAAAAGACCAAUGGCAGGUCCUCUAAGUAGCAAAAUAAUUUCCCCUCAAUCGACGCCGAAAGAAAAGCCAAAAGUUAAAAAUGAUUCGCCACUUUUGCAAAGAAAAUCUCCCACUUUUAUAGAAAGUUCACCGGAAUUAGUCGAUUCGGCGAAUACAAUAGAUGACUUUGAAACUAUGCCAACCUUCACAAUUGUCAAUAUCAAUGAUAUUAUCAACAAAAAAGGCGACUGUCUUGUUCAGAAACGUUCAGAUGAUGAAGUGCAAGAAACAACUUCUCCUAAUUCUAUUAAUCGCACCAAUCGAAGAAAAACUGGGCAUACUACAAUCCUCUCGGAAAAAAUUGACCCAGUUAAACUAUUGAAGCCUAUUCCGAAGACUCCGUUUCCACCAGUUAAAAAACCAGUUCUUCAAAGCAAUAUAACAACCCAACUUAAGCCCCAACAACGCAUACCGCUGCCGUCAUUAGAGCGGAGGGAAAUAGCUAAAGCUCAGCCAGUAGAAAAGCUAUUACCUGCAGAGAAAAUUUCACCCAACAAAGACAAGCCAGCUCCCCGUAUACUCAACUCCGUCGUAGGAAGGAAAACAUUCCCAGUGCAACCGAUUAUGAGUAAACUUGAUAGCGAUUUGAGUCAAGAGCAAACCGAUGAUGCGGCGGAAAAAUCUGUUAUGGUGAAAGAAAAUGUCGGAGCCAAUAAAGUUCUUCCCACCAAAGCGGCACAAACUCGUAAACUUCCCGCUGAAAAAGUUUGCGUACAACGGCAAGGCAAUAAGCUUAUCAAGAAAAUAACGUGUUUCGAGACGUGGUAUGUCAUUAAUAUUCCUGAAACUCAGGAACAAAUUGUCAAGAAUUGCCUUGAUAUUCCCCUCAUCACAUUGAGUAAUGCUGCGAAAACCAUCAGACUUCCAUCGUCAUCUUGGAGUUCCAAGGUCACACUAUACAAGCUCUCGGCUCAGAUGGCAAACAAGUCACAUAUAACACCCUAUACUGGGGAAAUAUCAGACCAAUCAAUCAACGAAGAAGACCGCGAAAAAUACCAGCCAUCGUGCGUGAUGUUCCGUCGGUCGACACAGCAGCAGUCACAAACCCGCAUGCCAUAUGACCGAGCCGUUAUUUUCAAAAUGAAAACUUUUUUCACAAAUAUCGAUGGAAAGAAUGUACGCCUAAUCGGGGCACCCAGUAAAAUUAGCUCAUUCGAAGAUAUCGAAGUUCUAUUGGAAUUGGUCGAUGAACUUGAUUUGCUACAUGAGUUUGUGGAAACAGCAAGCACAGUUUAAAACAAUUUGAACCUACUAGAAGUUCUUAUAAGAACGGUACCAAUUUGUAAGUGUGUUUUUUUUCUUCAAAACUUAACGCAAUUUGAAUAUUAAUGUAAAGAAUUUGGUUAAGUUCGCAAUGAAGUGUAAGUAAUUUUAUAUAAUAUAAAAACAAAAAACUUGUAAAAAAUGAAAAAAAUCAUUAUUCAUGUACAU